AUGAGUGGACCAUCUUUCGUAGAAAAUGUCCUUUAUUUGGCUGAUUCUUACAAGAUCACUCACCAUAACCAAUAUCCUGAAGGUACAACACAUGUUUAUUCGUAUUUUGAGAGUAGAGGCGGAAAAUUCCCAGAGGUAUGCUUCUUCGGGCUGCAGUAUAUUUUGAAGCGAUGGCUUGUUGGAGUCGUCGUUACUCACGAAAUGAUUGAUGAGGCCAAAGAGUUCUACAAGCUCCACUUUACUAUGGAUGUGUUCAAUGAAGGUGGUUGGAGACAUAUUGUAGAAAAACAUGGAGGUCGCCUUCCUUUACGAAUUAAAGCUGUACCAGAGGGGAGUGUAGUGCCAACGAAAAAUGUGUUGUUUACAAUUGAAAACACGGAUUCAGCAGUUCCAUGGUUAACAAAUUGGUUCGAGACUUUGCUCGUGCAAGCAUGGUAUCCCAUAACAGUAUGCACGAGUUCAAGAGCGUACAAACAACUGAUCGCUCGGUAUCUAGACGCAACUAGUGAUACCAUGGAAGGCCUCCCUUUCAAACUGCACGAUUUCGGUUAUCGAGGAUCAACAUCUGUAGAAAGCGCAGGCAUCGGAGGUGCGGCUCAUUUGGUCAAUUUUUUUGGUACUGACACCAUAGCUGGGUUGCAGCUGUGUCGCAAGUACUACUCUUGCAAAAUGGCUGGAUAUAGUAUUCCUGCUGCUGAGCAUAGCACCAUAACCACAUGGAAGAGGAGUGGGGAAGUUGCAGCUUUCCGAAAUAUGUUGCGGCAGUAUCCAAAGGGUCUUGUGUCUGUUGUAUCUGAUUCUUAUGACGUCUAUCAUGCUGUUUCGUCGGUUUGGGGUGGAGAACUCCGUGAGGAAGUAAUUGCUAGAGGCGAGCAUGGUUGCCUUGUUAUUCGACCGGACUCGGGUGAUCCAAUAACUGUGGUAGUUAAGGUACUAAAUUUACUCGAAGAGAAGUUCCCAGUUACUCGUAAUAGUAAAGGAUACAAAGUUCUACCCGCAUACCUACGGGUUAUUCAAGGAGAUGGCAUCAAUUACGAUUCAACUGGAGCGAUUCUUGAGGCGUUGAAGAAUGCCGGAUGGAGUACGGAUAAUGUAGUAUUUGGCGCGGGUGGCGCUCUCCUACAAAGAAUUGAUCGCGAUACACAGAAGUGCGCGUUCAAAUGUAGCCACGUUGUUGUUAACGGGGAGCACAGAGAUGUCUAUAAAAACCCUGCCACUGAUGAAGGAAAGCGUUCGAAAAAAGGAUACCUCACAUUGGUACGCAAUGAAACCGGGAACUUGGAAACGGUUCAGGAAGGGUUGGGUGACCCGAACAAGGAUCUUCUCCAGACAGUAUUUGAAAAUGGCCAUUUACUUGUUGACUGGACGCUGGAUGAAAUUCGAAAGAGGGCAGAAAUCGAUUUGGUGAAGAAAAGCAAGAAGAACGUUUUUGUCAAUGGUGUUCACAAAGGCAACGGCGAUAUGACUAGCUAA